UUGGUAACUCAGUAGGCGUUUCCAAGUACAGCAUUCAGAGAGACGAAAGAAGCUGCUGCGUACAGAAAAUGGCUGACAGAUUUUCUAGGUUCAACGAAGAACGUGAUUUCCAGGGGGGAAAUCACUUUGACCAGUAUGAAGAGGGCCAGUUGGAGCUGGAGCAGGCGUCCCUGGACAAGCCCAUAGAAUCGGAUAACAUUGGGCACCGGCUGCUUCAGAAACAUGGCUGGAAGCUGGGGCAAGGACUGGGCAAAACCAUGCAGGGACGCACCGACCCUGUGCCCAUCAUCCUCAAAUAUGAUGUCAUGGGGAUGGGACGCAUGGAGAUGGAGUUGGAUGUUGCCGAAGAUGCUACAGAGAAGAGGAAAGUGCUGGAGGUGGAGAAGGAAGUCACAGAGGAAUUACAGCAGAAAUACAAGGACCAGGUGGAAAAGGAGAAGGCCAUCGCCAAAGCCCUGGAAGACCUGCGGGCCAACUUUUACUGUGAGCUGUGUGAGAAACAGUACCAGAAGCACCAAGAGUUUGACAACCACAUCAACUCGUACGACCACGCUCAUAAGCAGAGGCUUAAGGAGCUGAAGCAGAGGGAGUUUGCGAGAAACGUGUCAUCACGCUCCCGGAAGGGUGGGAAGAAGCAGGAGAAGCUGCUACGCAGGCUGCAUGUGCUGGCUGAGCAGAGGAAACAGCAGAACCGUACCCCGGGAAGUGGUCCCAUGUUCAAACCCACCACCGUGGCAGUAGAUGGGGAGAAGGGUGAAGAGGGGAGUGCUGUAACCCCUGAGUAUGUUCCCCCUGCAGACACUGCCAUGGAGGGCUUGUCAGGGGAGGAGAAGAGCAGUGGGGGUCAGGCCUCCCCCAAACCAGCCCCCACCGUCAGCUUCUCCCUGGGGAAGAGCAGCUCAUCCCCGGCCGGGGCCUCCAAGGUCAGCGUGUCCUUCUCCUUCGCCAAGAAACCCCCAGUGAAGCUGGAGACGGUCGCAGCAGUGUUCGCUAAACUCCAUCAGGAUGACGAGGAGGAGGGGGGACAGGAGGAGGGAGGGGAGAAGGCCGUGGGACAGGAGGAGACCUCUGGCUGCAGCACCGAGAGUCCCAAGGGAGGAGGGGGGAAUGGAACAGCAGGGCCAGGAGGAGGAGGAGGACCAGCAGGAGGAACAACUAUAUCAAGAACACCAGAGCAGCAGGAGGAAGAAGAUGAUGGUGCCUCCCUAGCCUCCACUCUCAACAAGCUGAAGAUGAUGAUGAAGAAGGAGGAAGGCUGGGCCGGCCAGGAGCCUGAGUACUACCACUACAUCCCACCAACCCACUGCAGAGUCAAACCCCGCUUCCAGUUCCUGGUGUUCAUGAAGGCCACAGACCAGUGUGAGAUCAGGGAGCAAGAAGAAGAUGAAGAGGUGGAAGGAAGAAGAAAGGUGGUAGCAGAGGUUCUUGAGCAGACACAGCCUGAGUGCAAAUCAGAGGAGCCAGAGAGAAGACUCCUGGCUCCAGUCACAGAGCCCACUCCCACAUCACCUAAACUGAAGACUGAAGACCCCCCUCCCACAAUGGCCCCCACCCCAGAACCAGACAGCAAGCAGGAGACCCCACUCCCAGUCCCAGAGCCCAACUUGGGCCCCAAAAUCCCCACCGGCCCCUUCUUCCUGGUCCUGAGCAAAGACGAGAGCACCACUCUGCAGUGGCCCUCGGAGCUGCUGGAUUUUACCAAGGCUCAGCCCGCCCUCUCUUACAGCUGCAACCCCCUGUACUUCGACUUCAAACUGUCCCGCAACAAAGUGGGCCGUGCUGGACGAGCAGCAAAGUCCUCCAAGCCCGCUGGUGAAGAAGCUGAGAAAAAAACAAUCCUGAGGCAGCUGCUGCAGUCAAUGAGGGGAAAUGCUGCUGCCACCACCACCACCACCCCUGGGCCCAGCACUGACAACACUGGUAAGGAGCAGCCCUCCUUAAAAAUAGAGGGUUCCCAAGGGGAGACUGAGGAACAAAAGCUACAGAGUAGCACAAGCGGAGCCAAGAAGAAGAAGAAAAAGAAGAAAAAGAAGAAGCAUAAGAAAUCUGGAAGCUCCAAGCGCAAAGAAAAAGAGAAGGGAGCCAUAGUAGACGGGGACACGGAAACUGAGAUCCUAGGAGAGAAAACCAAAAAGAAGAAAAAACACAAACGAAAGAAGAGCAAAAACAAAGGUGAGGAGGGGGGAGGUGGUGGUGGUGAUAAGGAAAAGCCUAAAGAGGAAAAAGCAGUAGCCGCUACAGUUUCUAGUGCUCCCCCAGCACCAACAGGAACGGAACCUGGGAAGAGGAAACGACCAGCCAAAGAAGCACUUCAGAAGUCCGGGGAAGAGGAAGGUGGGGCAGGGAAAGGUUCUGAUGAGGCCAAGCCCUCUGAGGAGCACAACGGCACCAAGCGUCUGAAGACAGACCCCAGCGCCCCACCCAGCGCUUCCUGCUCCUCCUCGGCCCAGAAGAGCCCCGGGCCAGGCAGACCACCCAGCAGUGAGAGUGAGGAGGAAGGAGGUGGAGGCUCAGCUUCCCGAUCCAGCCGCCGCAGAUCCACGCCCCGGGAGGGGCGCCGGCACCAGAGCGAUGACUCCGGCCGCUCCCGAAGCCACUCGUCGCGUCGGGGAGACGGGCGAGGGAGCAGCCGGCGGCGGCACCGCGGCCAGGCCUCCCGUAGCCAGUCAGACUCCAGCAGCUCAGAGCGCUCCUCGAGCGCCUACAGCCGGCGCAGCCACAGCUACUCAGACAGUUACAGUGACGACAGUGACGGCCGCCACCGGAGACACUCUAAACGCUCCUCUGACUCCGAGUACGAUCGACGGGGAAGCGGCGGGCGGCGGCGCUCCAGAAGACGUCACUAUUCUUCCUCGUCCUCGGAGGACUCUCGCUCCCGCUCACGCAGCCACAGCCGCAGGAAGGGGCACCAGCGGCGGCACCGGAGCAGCUCUCGGAGCUCUAGCAGCAGGAGCCGCAGCAGCAGCGCCAGGUCAUGGAGACGCAGCUACAGCCGCAGCCACAGCUCAGCCAGCCGCUCCUCCAGCUCCACUAAGGGCUCCCCUCACCGGGGAGGCGGGGGCCACAGGGGCCGGGCAGACAGCGCCACACGGCGCCGAGACUUCAACCGCUCCUGCAUCUACCGCUCCCAGUCCCCCCGCUCUGCCUCAUCACGAGCCCCAAACCGCAACAGCAGCUCCCAGAGGGCAGGGGGGUCCCGGGAAGGAGGAGGAGACCAGAGGAACUCUUCCUCACACUUCACCGCCCGUCAGCUUCUGGAUAAGAUCCAGUCCAGGAAGGGAUCUGAUGUCCCAACCACAGGGACCAAGACUGGCGCCAAGAUCAAGGACCCACCAUCGGGCUACUUUGGGCCCAAACUGCCUCCAGCUCUGGGCAAUAAGUCCAUGCUGCCCCUGUUCGGUAAGCUGCAGGCAGGGAAGAAAUUCCCUGCGAUCCCCCUGACCCGGCCUGAUGGUGGAGAGAAGUCAUCAGCAGGGAAAGGUUCAGAUGCUGGGGCAGAGGUCAUCCUGAUGGAGCCCAUCCGGGAGUUCCCCCCACCGCCUCCCCCUCCACCAGCUCAUAAGAAGGUGGAUGAGACGGUAGUAGUAGUUCAGGAGGCCCGCCAUCUCACCCUGGACGCACGGGUUCUUCAUGAGACCCGGCCACUGUUCCAUCAGGAGCCCUCCAUGCUGAUGCCCCCAUACCAGGGCGACCCGGGACAGGACCCCUCCCAGAACCCCAUGAUGGACUCCCUCAUCCCCGACAUGCAUCAGCAGCCACCCAUGCACGCCUACCCCAACUACCCCCCGCCCAGCCUGGAGGAGGAGGACAUGGGCGUGGAGGCAGAGGAGGACGAUCUGGCCCCGCUGGAGAGCCAGCCCAUCACCUUCACCCCAGAGGAGAUGGAGAAGUAUGGCAAGCUGCAGCAGGCCGCCCAGCAGCACAUCCAGCAGCAGCUCCUGGCCAAGCACAUCAAGACCUUCCCCUCAGCCGCAGCAGCACAGGCUGCAGCGAACAUGGCUGCAGCAGCGAACCAUCUGCAGCCGGCACCCCCUCCCCCCCAGCAGCAGAUGAUCCAGAUCCACCAGCCUGCUGUGUCUGCAGCCUCGGCUACCUCCAUCACCACAGUACAACACCUCAUCCAGCAGCACCAUGCUGCUCAGGCUGCAGCCAUGGGCAUCCACCCACACGGACCCCACCCGCACCCCCAGUUAGCCCAGGUCCACCACAUCCCCCAGCACCACCUCACCCCCAUCUCCCUGUCUCACCUGGGACACUCUCUAGGCCACACUCUGGGCCACCAGUUGGGAGUGGGACACGCUGGACUGAUCCCUGCCCACCACACAGCCUUCCUCUCUGGCCAGCCCAUACACAUUAUCCCAGCCUCAGCACUUCAUCACCACAGCCCCUUAGCCCUCCACCACAUACCACACUCAUCCCUCUACCCAACGCUGUUCGCCCCCCGGCACACUAACGCAGCUGCGGCAGCCGCACUGCAGCUCCACCCCUUCCUGCACCCCAUUUUCUCAGGGCAGGACCUCCAGCACCCCCCUAACCACGGCUCCUGAGAAAGACCUUCACUAGAGCCAUGUGUCCACAUCAGAGGAGGGUGUUUUGGCCAGAGCAGGCCUGGUUAAACAUCUGAGUAAAAAUGGAGAGAGGAAGAUGUAGUGGCACCAUUGUGCAGCAGAUGAUGAGAAUAUCAUCAGACUGGCCACCAUUAGACCACUGGCCAGACAGAGGUGCUGUGAUAUGCUGCCUGUGCAGAGGUAAACAACAGAUAUUUACUGUGGGCACUUUGAUGGACCCCUCCUAACAGUUGACUGAGAUUCACCCUGAGGUUUCUGGACAGGGUGGAGGAGGGUUUGAGGCAACCUCAAAUCUAAGACGGCAGUUUGUUUUGAAUGGGAACCCAGUUUAAAAAAAAUAGAAUCAGAAACCUCUGGAGUAUUUUUUUUGUCCCACAGUUUAUAACUGAUUGUUGCUGUCAAUGUUCUUCUUUGUUUUUACAGCCAAAGAGACGCAGUGGCUGAAGCCAUAAGCAGGAUGGUGUUGUGGGAAAGGAAAGGGGAGAUGAGGACAUGGGGGGGGUUUAGGGUGACAUCCAUGACUGGAAACAGCCUUGACUUUGUAAUGUAAUCUGGUGGCUCUAGUCUACUGCCUGAAUUCUGUUGUCAUUAAUAUCUAUUGUUCUCACAUGACUACUUGCUCUAUUCAUGACCCGUAAUAUUCACCAACAAUUUGUAAUACGGUAUAGUGUACAUAGAUCACUGAGCAAUGUGAAGUAUCCCUCUAAUAUGAUGGGCAUAUAAGGGAUGUUCUUUAUUACUGACUAAUGAAAUGUUACCCAUAAGGAAAUUAAAAUGGUCACUGGUGGGGGAACACCGAUAAGAGGUUGGCAAAGCUCAUGUUUUAUUGGAGGUACUGUGGGGGGGUCACACCCUCUUAGUGCUGUAGGGUUAAAGGUCAUGUUGUUCCAAGUGGUAGUGGUUGUAUAUCGAAAUGACUUGCACUGAAAUCUGUACAUCAAGAUGCUGCUUUCGCAUCAUGUAACAAAUGUAUGAUUGUAGUAUACUGCAAUAAUUGUUUUUUUUGUUUUAUUUCUAAAUUAUUUUCCAAAAUGCUCCUCAAAAGGAGAUGUUUUUCCUCGUGUAAUUUUUGCUCAAUGUAAAUAAAAUUGUUGUAGUUAACCCCAAUAACAUUCUCGGGGUUUGUUGCUACUGUAAAAAAUAAAAACUGAAGGAGUGAAGAUGGACAAGUAUACUUCAGAGGCAUUUUCUGAACUAUUAUCCUGUAUGGGAAGGAUUGGGUGAUGGCACUGCCCUGUAAGUGGUAGCAAUGGUAUGUCUUUUUUAAAUAUAAUGUGUCAGCAAAUAAAGAGUUUUGAGUUGC